AAACAAAUUGUAAACAAAUAAAUGUGUAGAGUUCGGAAAAUAAAAAGGACUUGAUAAAUCUGUUGUUAUAAUCUUUAAAACGUUAAAAAUAAUAUGACAACAAAGAAAACUUCGCCAAUAAAAAAUGUAGUUCAUUUAGAAUGCAAGAAUCUACACGAAUAUUUAAAAUCUCAAACAGCACAAGUGAUAACAAAAUUAUAUGAAUAUCCGGCAAUUUGUUUAGCUGUUUAUCGAGAUUGUAUUCCAGAUAUUGCGAAACAAUUUGUGAUUAGAAUGUUAUUUGUCGAGCAGGCAGUACCUCAAGCUGUUGUCUCAUCAUGGGGUUCUCAGAUUUACGCAAAAGAAAAUUUAGAAGCGUGUAAGUCACUGACAGAACUUAAGAUCUGGGCAGAGGCAUCAAUUCCCGGAGGCCUAUCAGCGUGGAACCUAAACCCGUCAUUCAAAAGAAAUCUUAAAAUUGCCUGGCUAGGAGGUGGAAGCUCCUGGUCUAUGUUUAAUUCUAUAGAGUCUGAUGCCAAAAGUCGUGAUAUCAAUUUUCUCGAUCAAUAUGCAAUGUCCCGGUGGAAUUGCCUUCUUCACUACAUGGUUGACUCCAAUGCAUCGAAAGGAUCAGAAAUUGAGGGUAUAUCCGUUGAUGCUGUCAGAAUCAUAUUACAUGCAAAUCUCAUGAAGCGCAAUGAACAAGACGGCUCAUCUAUCCUCACAAGUCAGGGAUUUCAAUUUCUUUUGAUGGAUACGCAAUCCCAAGUUUGGCAUUUCAUGCUACAAUAUUUGAACACUUGCGAACAGCGUGGCUUGUCUCUAAUAGAAUGCUUAUCAAUGUUAUUUCAAUUGAGUUUCUCAACUCUAGGACGUGACUACAGUUCAGAAGGCUUGAGUGAAAAUAUGCUCACAUUUUUACAACAUUUACGAGAAUUUGGUUUGGUUUAUCAAAGAAAACGAAAAGAGAAACGCUUCUUUCCAACACGGUUAGCAUUAAAUUUCACUACAAAGAACGCUGUCGUAUCUGAAAAUAUUGUCAACGAGAGUAAUGCAUUCAACAAGACGACAACAGCUGGCAUUGUUGGUGAUGAUAAUAAAUACGAGAAAGGAUAUAUUAUUGUUGAAACAAAUUAUCGUGUUUACGCUUAUACUGAUUCAAAGCUACAAAUUUCGUUACUUGCAUUGUUCACUGAACUACUUUAUCGAUUCCCAAAUGUUACCGUUGGGGUCAUUACCCGAGAUUCCAUUAGACAAGCAUUACGUGGUGGCAUCACGGCGAGACAAAUCAUCAGUUACUUAGAGCAGCAUGCUCAUCCUAAAAUGAUUGAAGCGGCGACGAACUCAACACUAAAAACCUCUUCAAUGCUGCCACCGACCGUUGUCGACCAAAUUAAGUUGUGGGAAAACGAGCGCAAUCGCUUCUCUUUCAUCGACGGUGUUGUCUAUAAUCAGUUUUUGUCAGAAGCUGAUUUCAUCACGCUUCGUGAUUAUGCAUCAUCGAUUGAGGUUCUUUUAUGGCAGAACGAAAGAACACGUACAAUGGUUGUCACAAAAAACGGUCAUGAUGAUGUGAAAAAAUUUUGGAAACGUUAUUCGAAAGGUGGUGGUUGAUUAUUAUGACUUGCAGUUCCACCAACUCUGUUCAACUUUUUUUUCUUUUUAACUUCAUUGUUGUUGUGGAAGAGAAGGAAAUAAAAUAAUAAGUCUCAAAAUAUAUGUUAACGUG